GUUCGUCCUUAAUAGGAUGGGGCUGCAGUUUUUACCAUGGCUUUCAGAUGAAUGUUAUGUCAGAUCAUGUGUUAUUAUGGUAUGAUUCACAAUGCUGUAAGCAGAUAAUGGAAAUAAUCAGAGGAAGAAAGGCCAUUAUUGAUGAUGAUGACCAGAAUGCAAAUCUGGAAGUUAAGUUCUUUGCUCGGCUACCAAACAAGGAGGAAGUGGUGAUAAAAGAGUGUGGCAUCCGUUGGAUAUACACAAAUAUGGAGAAGGAAUCAAGAGUGUGCAGGUUCAAGAGAAGCAGGCAAGUUUUCGAGUUAGAAGCCAUUGCAUCUCCAAAUGAAGAAAAGGGGUUCGAAUCUGAUGAUGGAGGGGAAGAACUAGUUCCUCCAGCAAAGAAAUUUAAGCAUAGCUUAAUGGAAGUUGAAUCAGUAGAAAACUUGAGGAAAAAACUUGAACAAUUUUUGCACAUUCAAUUUGAUGGAGACUCUCUUAGCGCGGAGAUCAAAUUGGGGUACAAUGUGCAGUCCAUUUACAAUUAAUUCUUAUGAGUAAUUUCAGUUUAAAGACUAUUCCAUACACGCUGCUGCAAAACCGAAAAGAGAAAACAAAAAAUGCUGCCCUAUCUAUAUGAAUAACAAUGAAAGAAACAAAAGCUUGAGCUUGCUGUUAAUGGCCAGAGGUAGAAGACGCCAUGCUGACUAGAGGGGAUCGUGAAUUGCUGCAUAUUCUGUUGGGCUUGGGGCCUCGGCCAAUUUCCAUAAUCAAGGCAGGCUAGUGCUAUUAGUCCAUUUCAAUUUGAUAGACUAGUAGUGUACACUCAAAAACAAA